UAGCCGUGAACAUGUCCGGCGGGUCUUCAGCCCAGCAGCUCAGAGAGUUCAUCAGCAAACGGCUGGCUGCCGCCGCGGAGGAAAUCUUCUCGGUCUUCCAGAGAACCGUCGCCCAGUACGAGGAAGAGCUGGACCGGCAGCGCAGACUGCUGGACGGCGGCUGGAGGCCGGACAGCGGCUUCCAGAGAGCAGAUUUCCCUCGAUGUUCUGUCAGGACGAAGCAGAUCCCUGCUCAGCUGCAGCUCCAGAACCAGCAGGACUCCAGUUUGGACCAUCCACAGAUCAAAGAGGAGCAGGAGGACGUGUGGAGCGCUCCGGGGGACGGACAGCUGGUCCUGAAGCAGGAGGCUGACGUCCUGAUGGUGGCGCCGUCGCUCCAGGAUGGAAACCUCAGCGAACCGGAAUCAGACCGGAUCCACAGGAGAGACCGGAUCGGGACGGAGACUGGACCAACGAGUCCAGGCCGGACAGAGACACGGAGCUGAAGGACAGCCGGGACAGGACGCUGUUGGACAACUGUCCCCUGUUGGAGAGUAAAAGAGACAGAAAAACGUCGGAGAACUCGGGAAGCACGACUCACUACAGAAUCCACACAGAUUUUCCAAAGCAUUUUCUGCAGAAGGAGGCGAAUAUUCCGUUGGCCCGGCGGGAAACUCCAGUCUGGACCGGGAGCAACCGGAAGCUCCUGAGAUUAAAGAGGAGCAGGAAGACGUCUGCGUUCAUGAUGAAGAUGAACUGGUGGUGAAGCAGGAGGUUGAUAGCUUCCUAGUGACAUCUGAUUAUGAGGAAACUGACCACAGUGAGUCAGAACCAAACCAGAACGCCUCCCAUGCAGCUGAGAGGCAGGACCAGGAAGGAAACUGGGACAAAGACUCUGGAUCCAGCCAGAAUCUGACCAGUCAAAGUAACGCAGCAGACGAUCUCCCUCCAUUCGAUAGUGUCUGCAAUUCUGACUCUGGUAUAAAUCCACAAAAUGUUCUAUCUGUGGAAAAACCUUCAGCAGCAACUUCAAAAUGCGGAAACAUUACAGAAUCCACACGGGAGAGAAACCGUAUUCCUGUAAGAUCUGCAGGAAAGCUUUCCGGGAGAGCAAGUACCUGUCGGUCCACAUGAGAACUCACACUGGGGAGAAGCCAUAUUCAUGUGAAACUUGUGGGAAAAGCUUCAGUCAGAACAGCCAUUUGAGUUCCCACAAAACUCACACGGGGGAGAAGCCGCACCCCUGCAGCACCUGCGGGAGGAGGUUCGCCGAAGCAUCUGCGCUCAGAAACCACAUGCCCCACACCGGAGAAAAACCUUUUUCCUGCCAUAUUUGUGGGAAAAUCCUGCGGUACAGCAGCAGCUUGUCGGCUCACAUGAAGAUCCACACGGGUGAGAAGCCAUUUGUGUGCAAGACCUGCGGGAAAUGCUUUAGCUACAACAGCAGCCUGAUUUCCCACAUGAGAAUCCACACUGGAGAGAAGUCGUACCAGUGCACGACAUGCGGCCGCUGCUUCAGCCACAGCACCACGCUGCUGCGCCACACCCGCAGCCACACCGGGGAGCGCCCGUACUCCUGCGCCACGUGUGGGAAGUGUUUCAAUAGCAGCAGCCACCUGAGCGUCCACAUGACCACCCACACCCGGGAGAAGCUGUACUCCUGCACUAUGUGCAGCAAGUGCUUCAGCCACGGUAGCAACCUGGUGCGCCACAUGAGGACGCACACCGGCGAGCGGCCCUACUCCUGCCAGGCCUGCAGCAAGCGCUUCAAAAGCAGCACUCACCUGUCGCGACACAUGAAGACUCACAGGAAGGGUCGCAGUCCGGAGGUGGAGAUUAUCCUGGAGGACGGCGGCGCUCCGGCCGCGCAGAGGGCGCUGCCGCGGGUCUGGAUUGGGCACCGGAAGUUGAGCCAGGCUAACGCAAGGCGCUAUCAGCUAGUAGCCGUGAACAUGUCCGGCGGGUCUUCAGCCCAGCAGCUCAGAGAGUUCAUCAGCGAGCGGCUGGCUGCCGCCGCGGAGGAAAUCUUCUCGGUCUUCCAGAGAACCGUCGCCCAGUACGAGGAAGAGCUGGACCGGCAGCGCAGACUGCUGGACGGCGGCUGGAGGCCGGAGCUCCGGCCGGACCGGACGGAACUUUCUGUUCAAUUCCUGAGGAAGGAAGAAGAGGAAGUUCCUGUUGACCAGCAGCUCUGGAAGUCCAGUUUGGACAGGGAGGAACCAGAACCUUCCCGGGUCAAAGAGGAAGAUGAUGCUCUGUGCUUCGUCCGUGAUGAAGAGCUGUCGGUUCUGAAGCCGGACGGUGAUAUCGCCAUGGUAACGUCUGCUGAUGACGAGCCAGAACCCAGCAGGGACCGGAGCGUGUCCCAGUUGGAGACCCGAGACCCGGCGGGAAGCUGGAGCGAUGACUCGGACUCGGCCAGAGAUCGGACCGGGUUCUGGAGCAGCCAGCAGGAAGGUCAGGAACCAGACGCUCUGACUCCAAACAGCGGCCUGCUUGGCGCCGCUGUCGCCGGGGUCAGAGGUCAGGACGGAAGCUGGAUCAAGAAGGAGUUCGAGCCGAAGAGGAGACGGGUCAGGAAGAGGAGCAGCGGUUCCGGCCUGGUUCCGGGUGGACUGGGGCUUCGGCCCGUUUCCUGCGACGUCUGUGGGAAAGCCUUCAGGUGCAACUCGGAGAUGCGGGUCCACUUGCGCGUUCACACGGGCGAGAAACCGUUUUCCUGCGACGUCUGCCAGAGGGCGUUCAGCUUCAAGGUCAACCUCUCCGUCCACAUGCGGACGCACACGGGAGAGAAACCGUACGCCUGCCAGUUCUGCGAGAAACGCUUCUCGGAUCACUCAUCCCUCCGGAAACACACCAACGUUCACACAGGAGAGAGGCCGUACUCCUGCGCCAUCUGUGGAAAACGCUUCAGCCGCAGCAGCCACAUGUGGCGGCAUGUCAGGGUCCACGCCGCAGAGGCUCCAAUCACUGAAAUUAUUUCUUGGCUGUUAGCCGUGAACAUGUCCGGCGGGUCUUCAGCCCAGCAGCUCAGAGAGUUCAUCAGCGAGCGGCUGGCUGCCGCCGCGGAGGAAAUCUUCUCGGUCUUCCAGAGAACCGUCGCCCAGUACGAGGAAGAGCUGGACCGGCAGCGCAGACUGCUGGACGGCGGCUGGAGGCCGGACAGCGGCUUCCAGAGAGCAGGUCAGGAGGGCCGCGGUGCUGGUUCCGACCCGGUCCAAGAGGAAUCAGGGGGUUACCAGCUGAUCCACAACACCACCCAGCUGAUCCACAACACCACCCAGCUGAUCCACAACACCACCCAGCUGAUCCACUACACCACCCAGCUGAUCCACAACACCACCCAGCUGAUCCACAACACCACCCAGCUGAUCCACUACACCACCCAGUUGAUCCACAACACCACCCAGCAGAUCCACAACACCACCCAGCUGAUCCACAACACCACCCAGUUGAUCCACAACACCACCCAGCUGAUCCACAACACCACCCAGCAGAUCCACAACACCACCCAGCUGAUCCACAACACCACCCAGUUGAUCCACAACACCACCCAGCAGAUCCACAACACCACCCAGCUGAUCCACAACACCACCCAGCUGAUCCACAACACCACCCAGCUGAUCCACAACACCACCCAGCUGAUCCACUACACCACCCAGCAGAUCCACAACACCACCCAGCUGAUCCACAACACCACCCAGCUGAUCCACAACACCACCCAGCUGAUCCACAACACCAAGCUGCUGCGACUGCACCUGUGCAAGAAGCCGCAGCUUUUGCACCAGCAGGGGGCGUCGGCGCUGACCCGGCAGCAGCCAGAACCUCCGACAGCAGAACGGAGGAGCCUGGAGGAGCCGCUGGUUCUGAAGCAGGAGGCGGACGCCUUCGUGGCGUCUCACCCAGACGGACGCCGCAGGGCUCCAGAACCGAAACACAAGUUUCUUCUGGAAGGAAGAGAGCAGACCAGAACCAGGAACCCGGCCAGAAGCAGAGAGAGCGGCUCCGCCUCAGAGAACCGAGACCAGAAACCAGGACCAACCUUCCAGCAGAACGCAGAAACAGGUGAGAAGCUUCAAUCUAUACUACGGCAUCGUGUCCCCCUGGAGGCGGAGCCUCCUGCAGACCGGAAGGAGCAGCAGGAAGCAGAACCUCCACAGAUUAAAGAGGAGCAGGACGAGCAGCUGAUGAUGAAGGAGGAGAUUGACUCUUUCACCGUGACGUCGGCUUAUGAGGAAAGCGACGAAAGUGAAGCUGAAGGAAAGCAGAACGUUUUCCUCGGCUUCCAGGAGGGAAGCUGGGAGCGAGACUCUGGAUCAGCAAGCAGCACUGACCCCAUGCCACGUCCUAAACUCAUAAGUUACAGUUACAACCCGAGUGCUGAGAGUCUGAGCAACGCCCGGACCAGUGACGGACCCUCAGGAUGUCAGCUCUGUGGGAAAAACUUUGGCAGCGACGCAGAAUUAAAGGAACAUAUUAAAAUCCACGUGGUGGAGAAGCCAUUUUCUUGCAAUGUGUGUGGAAAAGCUUUCAAAUACAACAUCAAGCUGCUGAUCCACAUGAGGACGCACACUGGGGAGAAACCAUUUUCCUGUGAAAUCUGUGGUAAAGGCUUCAGCCAGAAGGUGAAUCUGAAUGUCCACAUGAGGACGCACACAGGCGAGAAGCCGUAUCUCUGCAAGACCUGCGGAAAGAGGUUCUCUGACCAGUCUGGCUUUAAACGCCACAUGACCAUCCACACGGGCGAGAGGCCCUACAUCUGCAAAACCUGCAACAAAGCCUUCAGGUACAGCGUCCACCUCAUGGUCCACAUGCGAACGCACACGGAUGAGCGGCCAUACUUCUGUAAAACCUGCGGCAGAACCUUCUCCGACCCGUCCACACUCCGGAAGCACAGCAUGACCCACACGGGUGAGAGAUCCUACUCCUGCCAGACCUGCGGGAAGCGCUUCAGCGACAACAGCAACCUGCUGCGGCACAUGAGGACGCACACGGGCGAGAAGCCGUAUUCCUGCGAGAUCUGCGGCAAAAGCUUCAGUCAGAGCAGCAACUUGAUGCAGCACAUCCGCACCCACACGGGCGAGCGACCGUACCCCUGCGGCAUCUGUGACAAGAGCUACAGCCACAGCUGCACGCUGCUCAAACACAUGAGGAGCCAUUCCGGAGAGAAGCCGUACUCCUGCCAGCUCUGCGGCAGAUGUUUCAGUCACAAAUGCACGCUGUUGAAACACAUGAAGAUCCACACAGACGGCGGCGCUGUGCCGUCCUGAAAGCCCUGAACGCAUCACGUCAGGGGCCAGCUAGUCGGUUAGUCU